UAGUUUCAUGUAGAACUAUAAGCCAUUUGAGUGAGAAAUGGAUUCAGCAUCUCUGGCUGCUCUCGCGUCUAUUCAUCCGCAGCAGAAUCUUCACACGGUCUUCGUCUACGGCUCUCUCAUGGCUGAUGAAGUUCUCCGUAUCCUCUUGAAGCGUACUCCUCAAUCUUCUGAUGCCGUCCUCAAUGGCUACCAAAGAUCGAGUGUUAAAGGACGUGUUUAUCCAGCGAUCAUACCUGUUACAAGCAAGAAAGUAUCUGGCAAGAUUAUUUCAGGCAUCAAAGACUCUGAAAUGUAUCUCUUAGACGCAUAUGAGGAUUUUGAAUACAAGAGGAUUACAGUUGAGGUCUCUUUAAUGGAUAGUUUGGAGAAGCUAUUAGUUUAUGCUUAUGUUUGGGGCAACGAAAAGGAUCCAGACUUGUAUGGAGAUUGGGAUUUUGAGGAUUGGAAACGAGAUCAUCUGGAAGCAUACAUUGAGAUGGUCAAGGAGUUUAUGGAAGAAUAUGAACAUUCGGGACCCUAAAUUUUUUUGGUCUCUGAUGGAGAAGGAUAGGCGAAGCUAAGAACUAGCUCUCCAAUCUACAGAUUUAUUUAAUUUGGGAGAGCUGCGUCUUCUUAUUCUCAAAUGCCCGAAUGUUCCUGCGCCAGGAGAAGAACCUUCGAAAAUAAAGGGAGAGUAACCCGUUGCAUCUUUGUACCUUUGUUGAAUCUGGGGGAGGGAUCAACCAAUAACCCAUCAUUUAGGUCAGUUAGUUUUUUAAAGAUUCAUUAAAAGUUUGUGUCAUCCUAUCAAACGUUGUUCAGCCUCUGCCAUGUUACUGAAACAACCGUUGUCAUUUGUAUUCUUAUUUCUAAGGUAAAAUGCUUUUUUUUUGCUUCAUAGUUGAAAAUUGUAAACUUCUUUGAAGAAAUUUAGUGAGUAAAAAAUAAUAGAUAACUGUCUUUUUAGGCACUUUUAAAGAUACCGAAAUAUCGUAACUAUUUACAAAAUAUUGUAAAAUUUUGCUAUA